AUGAGAGACGAAAUUGCAACAGCAGUUUUCUUCGUCACAAGACUGGCAAAAAAACAUGAAAAACUGAGUAAACAGCAAAUAGAGGUCUUUGCAGAAAAGUUGAUGAGAAUCUUGUUUGAAACAUACAGAGGUCACUGGCACCCUGGUUACCCUUCUAAAGGACAAGCCUUCAGGUGUAUCAGGAUAAACAAUAAUCAGAAUAAAGACCCUAUUUUGGAAAAGGCUUGUACUGAGAGUAAUGUGAAAUUUUCUCACCUGGGACUGCCAACGGAGAUGACCAUAUGGGUAGAUCCUUCUGAAGUGUGCUGUAGGUAUGGUGAGAAAAGUCACCCAUUUACAAUCGCUUCUUUUAAAGGCAGAUGGGAGGAAUGGGAACUAGCUCUCCAAAUUAGUUAUGCUGUUAACAGAGCCACCUUGGAUGACUCCUCUGGCACCACUUCUGAUGAAGAAAGUUGUAGGGAGCCUCGGGCCAUUCCUAAAGUCAGCAAUCCCAAGAGCAUCUAUCAGGUUGAAAACCUCAAACAGCCCUUCCAACCUUGGUGCUGCAUCCCCCGCAGAAGGAAUGUGGUGGGUGGUAGUGUGGACCUCCUAGCUAAGGCGUACCAUGCUGCACAUAGGAGCCUCAGGUGUUACAGGCCCGCAGUGUGCCGCGUGGACAGGUACCACUGGGUCAACACAAGUGAUAACCCAGAGGCAAGGAGUGCAGUAGGAGAGCUCAGAGGAGAGGCUGUGGUUCCCCUAAAACAAAAACGAGUUUAA